AUGCCAGAGCCGAGUGCCCACCGACUUUCUUCCCUGUGCCCCUUGGGCAAGACUUGGCCUCGGGUGAUGCCCUGUGCCUACUAUGUCCGAAACACCAAAUAUGAUGGUGACCAUGUACCUGAAAUGCAGCCAGUCCAAGGAAAAACUGGCUCCUGCCAACAGAAAAAAGUUCUUGAAUGUCAAGAAAUGAAGCUGGGAACUCGUGAUGUGACUCAUCCAAGGGAUUAUGGGUUGCCGGCACUGGCACACCAGCCUGGGGUCUGUCGCUAUGGAACUAAGAUGGCCUGCUGCUAUGGCUGGAAAAGGAACAGCAAGGGAAUAUGUGAAGCUACGUGUGAGCCCAGAUGCAAAUUCGGUGAGUGUGUGGGACCGAAUAAAUGUAGAUGCUUUCCAGGGUACACCGGGAAGACCUGCAGUCAAGAUGUGAAUGAGUGUGGAGCCAAACCCCGGCCAUGCCAGCACAGGUGUGUGAACACACACGGCAGCUACAAAUGCUUUUGCCUCAGUGGCCACAUGCUUCUACCAGAUGCCACAUGUUCAAACUCUAGGACGUGUGCCAGGGCAAACUGCCAGUACAGCUGCGAAGAAACAGAGGAAGGGCCACGGUGUGUGUGUCCAUCCUCUGGCCUCCGCCUGGGCCCAAAUGGAAGAGUGUGCCUAGAUAUCGAUGAAUGUGCUUCUAGAAAAGCAGUCUGCCCUUACAAUCGGAGAUGUGUGAACACAUUUGGAAGCUACUACUGCAAAUGUCAUAUUGGUUUUGAAUUGAAAUAUGUCAGUCGCCGGUAUGAUUGCAUAG